AUGAAGGGACUUGCUCUUCUAUGCAUGGCCGCCGUUAUGGAACUUGCAUCCGCAGGCGUGACCGUGGCAACGAAACCACAACCUCUGACGCCAUGUGCCACGGCCAGUGACAAGCACUGCAAGUCCUGCUCUUCCAGCAGAGAUUGCUGGAUCAACGCCGGCUCGGAUAACCCUGGCAUUUAUGCUGGGACCUGCUCAAGUGACAUCAACUCUCUCACUUGCUACAAUCAGAAAUGCGUUUACUCUGAUAGCGAUUCGGGAUGUGGCAUCCCAGAGGGUGACCAAGAUGCCUUUCCGACUCCCGACACUGGCGGUCAAUCCUCUGGUGCUACCAGCCAGACCUUCGGUGGCAGCGACCCGUCUACUGGAGGUUACUUAAUCUCGGGUGGUGAAUCCGAACUAGCAAGUGGCGGCGGCUCGGUCGAAGACUUUAACAGGCGUCGUUCACGUGUCGCAUUCCGUGCCUAA